GUAGUGAGUGAGAUCACCGUUGAAGUGAAAAAGAAAUAAUACAAAAAGUAAAGAUUAUCCAAAAACAAAAAGAGAGUGUGAUGUGUGAUAAAAUAAAGUUAUCAAUUUUUGGUUAUAAAAGUGUCAACUAAACAAAUAAAUAUAAUGAUAAAAUAAAAUGAAUCAUAAUAACAGCAUUUUAAAACAAAGACAAAAUCUGUUACACUUAAGUUCAACUACAACAAAAAUAAAAAUUCAUUUAGUUUUUAAAUUGAAAAAUUCAAUACAGAAUUUUUCAAUUAACACACCCAAGGAAGAAGAAAAUAUAAUUGUUUAGUGUUGCUGUAGCGCCGCCCAAAUAAUUUCUUACUAAAUAAAACAACAACAACAAUACAGAGAAGAACAAAAAAAUCGAUUAUAUUCUGGUGUCUGUCACCUUCAAGGUUGGCCAACGACUUACACUAUUUGCAAAAUUUAGUUUGUUUCCGUUUCCGAACAUAGCGUAAUGACAUCGCGGCAAUGCAGUUGUAUAAGACGUUUCCUAGUACUUGGAAUCGGCCUAUUGUCGAUCUUGGCUGGAGUGUAUCUCUAUUUAAAUUGGAUUGAAAUGUUUACACAAAUGAGAGGAAAGGAAAUGGCAUUGAGUGAAAAAUCACCAGCUUAUGAAGGUUGGAAAAUAUCACCAUUACCUUUAAAUUUUGAUGUUUACCUAUUCAAUUGGACAAAUCCCGAAGAAUUUUAUACUGGUUCAACGAAAAAGCCACGUUUUGAGCAAUUGGGACCUUAUAGAUUCCGAGAAGCACCCGAUAAAGUCGAUAUACAAUGGCAUACAAAUUUUUCGGUGUCAUUUCGAAAAAAGGCCGUGUUUUACUUUGAUCAAGAAGGUAGUAAUGGCACACUGGAAGAUAAAAUAACAACUGUUGAUACAGUGGCACAUUCUGCGGCAUUAAGAUUGAAAAACAAAUCAAGUUUUGAAAAAUUCUUCCUCAAUCGUGGCUUGAGUGCAUACAAUAAAAAGUUCUAUAUUACAAAAACCGCCAAUGAAUGGUUAUUUGCUGGAUAUCAAGAUCCCUUUGUAACAAUUGGCGGAUAUUUUUCCAAACUUACAAGUGCUGUGGAAGUACCUUUUGAUCGUAUUGGUUGGUUGUAUACGCGCAACAAUAGUGCUUAUUAUGAGGGCCAUUUCAAUAUAUUUACCGGUGGUGAUGAUACUUCUAAAAUGGGCCAAAUACAUGCAUGGAAUUAUAAGACCCACAAUGGUGUGUUCGAGGGAGAAUGUGGUCGUGUAAAGGGUUCUAUGGGUGAAUUCUUUCCACCUAAUUUAACACCCCAAGAUUCAGUAUUUCUUUAUGUACCUAAUAUAUGUCGAGCAGUUCCUUUAGAUUAUACAGAAACUGUGGCUAUACAUGGUGUUACUGCAUAUAAAUACAGUGGUACUGAGAGAUCAGUAGAUAAUGGUACAAUAUUCGGCGAAAAUAAAUGUUUUUGCAUUAAUGGCAAAUGUGAAGCAUCUGGUAUAUUCAACAUUUCACCAUGUAAAUUUAAUUCAUCGAUAUACAUGUCCUAUCCACAUUUUUACAAAGCCGAUCCUGUAUAUUUAGCAGCUAUUGAAGGUUUGAAGCCUGAAAAAGCAAAGCACGAAUUCUUUAUGACUCUGGAACCCAAUGCUGGUGUUCCUAUGGAUGUGGGUGGUGGUUUUCAGGCGAAUUAUCUUAUAGAAUCAAUUGAUGGUAUAACUGGAUUCAACAAUUUACCCCGUACUUUUAUACCCAUUAUGUGGGCAGAAGAACGAGUACGCGUUACUCCAGAACUUGCUUCCGAUAUUGCUUUAGUACCGCUUAUAGUGUUAAUUGGUCAAUUAAUAACUGGUGUUCUAUUGGCCAUGGGCGUUAUAAUGAUAUGUUGGUAUCCAACAAAAUUUAUUACACAUUGUUGGCAAGAUCCCAAAGGAAAAAGUGUAUUACUUAGACCAUUAUCCAACAAAGCUUCAGUGGCUAUUACGAGAUCGCCACCCCGUAGACCCAGAGAACAACUAAACCUCUUAGAACGCAAUGGUGUUAAUCUGUUGCGCACCAAUGGAUCAUUAAGUGAAGGGCUAUUGAACAGCACUUCAUCCAAUCAAACGUCCUCUUCAGAUGUGAUAAGUAGUUGAUAGACUAUUGCGAUUAAUCUUUAAGAUAUUCUAUAUGUAAAUUCAUUUUUUAUAACUUGUUUAAUCUAAACUGAACUGUUUAUUAUAUAGUAGUACUUUAAAUGUUAUUUAUUUAUUAAAGACUUUAGAAGUACUAUUAAAUAUGUAUACCUUUACGCAAACAAACUAAAAAUCUAUGUACAAAUAUAAUUUUGUAAACUUAUGUCAUAAUUCAGUGAAAUCAUUCAACAUAAAAGCACUUGCUCAUAAAAAGAAAGGUCAUCUUUAAAAACUAUGUACAUUUUUUUAAUUACUAGCUUUGUUCUGUUUAAGUAUUUUUUUCUUGAUUUUAAUUCGGCUAUUAUUUAUUAUUUCUAUAAUUUCCAUUUUUGUGUAAACCAUAAAAACAAAACAAAAAAAUUAUAAUAAAUUAUUUAUCUUAAAUUUAAGUUCUUAAGUGUUAAUAUUUAAACUAAACAUCUGGUUAAACUUUUUGUGUUCAUUUUAAUAUAAAAGGCUGGCAUUUUUAUAUGGAAAUUAACCCGACACAAUGUAUAAAGACAAACAACUCAAGACUCACGUACUUGCAAUAACUUUAUUGAACUUUAAGUCUAGUGCAAAAACCUAAUUAACUUUUUAUAGUCAUUUUUUUUGUUUAUUUUAUUUUUUAAUACUCCAUAAUUUUGAGAAUUAUACAAUUUUUGAAUUGGCCAAAGCAUUAAAAGUAAAUUAUUCAUUACACUACAUUUUAAAAGUAUUGGUUAUUAUUAAUUGUUUAGUAUUUACAUAAUAUAUAAUAAAUUUAGGUAGUAGUUUAUGGGAAAAUUUUAAAUUUUCAUUAACCUCCAGUGAUAACGUUGAAAAGCUUUCUUAAAACACAAACAAUUAAUAUUAAUUACUUUAUGCAUACAUGUACAUUUUAAGCCAAUUUUGUAAUUUAUACCUACUUGUUACUACUAUAAGAAAUAAAUAAAAGUUUUACAAAAUUAAAUUUUGAAUUUUGAACUGAAUAAAAUCUAA